AUGAAUUGGUCGAGCAUUUCAUACUUUUUUUCGCUCGAGGCAUUGGACUAUCGCUUGGGACCUUCGAAAGAUCCGAAACACAGACAACAGAUUAUCAAAUCGGCCACUCCAUCACGCUGGAAUACUCUUGAAUUUCGUAUUUACUAUGUAUGCUUUGCAAUUGUUGUGCCGUUGAUGAUAAGGGCUGGUAUGACUGCUAGUAAUGAGACAAAUCCAAAUUACCCAAUCUAUCAAGGAAUUCUCAGUAAAGGAUGGAUCUUUGGCAGAAAAGUUGAUAAUUCGGAUUCUCAAUAUCGGUUCUUCAGAGAUAAUUUGGUUCAGAUUGCAGCAUUGCUAAUUUUACAUUGCGGCUCAAGACACUUGGUGAAUUGCAUACAUAGAACAAGCCGGACGAGCUUUGAUCUUAUUUGUGGAUUGAUAUUCUUGUUUGCAAUUCACGGAUUCAAUUGCUUAAAGAUAUUGUUUCAUGUGACAAUUGAAUUCUUCUUAGGAAAAGUGGCCAAGAAAAGUCAUAGGCUUGGCAUUAUUCUUUUGUGGAUAUACGGUGUUUCUACACUAUUUAUAAACGACAAAUAUAGGUUAGUUAGAUUCGGCCAAUUGUGGUCUCCCCUUUCCUUUAUGGAUUCUUUUACGGGACUUGUUGCAAGAUGGGAUGUGUUCUUUAAUUUUACAUUACUCAAAAUGCUUAGUUUCAACUUGGAUUAUAUUAAACGAAUGAAUGAUAUAUCAGAGGGAGUUGCAUCCGUUGCUCUCCAGUCGCAUAAAGCAAAACUCAGCGAUGAGACAGAAGAAAUUCCGUUAAAUGAUAAAAGCCUUGAGAACAAAGAGAGCAUCAACGCUGAAACAACUGCAGAAGCUCAAAUGAUUGACGAAAUGCUCGUUAAUGAUAGACGCCGGAUGGAUGCACCAUUCCCUAUUUCUGAUUAUUCUUUUUCUAACUACCUGGCAUACUGCUUUUACACACCGCUUUUCAUUGCCGGUCCUAUCAUCACAUUUAAUGAUUACCUCUUCCAAUCAAGACACACACUCCCAUCAGUGACUUGGAAACGCACGGCACUGUAUGGCAUUAGACUUCUUGGAUGUAUCUUAAUGAUGGAGGUCAUUCUUCAUUAUCUUUAUGUUGUGGCAGUGUCAAAGGCCCAUGCUUGGAGAGGCGAUACUCCUUUCGAAAUAUCUAUGAUUGGUCUCUUCAACUUAAAUAUUAUUUGGUUAAAGUUGCUAAUUCCGUGGAGGAUUUUCAGAUUUUGGGCGUUGUGUGACGGUAUCGAUCCACCUGAAAAUAUGAUUCGUUGUGUUGAUAACAAUUAUUCUGCCCUUCAGUUUUGGAGGGCAUGGCACAGAUCAUAUAAUAAAUGGAUUAUCAAAUACAUUUACAUACCUCUUGGAGGAUCACAUAACAGAAUUUUGGCAUCAUUGGCCGUCUUCUCAUUUGUUGCUAUCUGGCAUGAUAUCGAGCUUCGACUUUUAAUUUGGGGAUGGCUAAUCGUUGUGUUCUUGCUUCCUGAAAUUAUUCUUACAAAAUUAUUCAAUCCUUAUAGAGGAAAGUCAUGGUACAGAUUUGUGUGCGGUCUUGGAGCUGUUGGAAAUAUCUGGUUGAUGAUGCUUGCAAACAUUUAUGGCUUCUGCUUAGGAAAGGAAGGUUCAAAACAAUUACUUAAUGACAUGUUAACAACGCAGCAUGGACUUGGAUUCUUCGUGAUCGCAUGUAUAUGCCUUGGAAUUGCAGUUCAGGUCAUGUUCGAGCAACGUGAGUCUGAAAUGAGAAGAGGUAUUUAUGUUAAAUGCUAA